CAUCGUUGGCUUACUUAUCAGAUGUUUCGCGAAGAACUUCAAGUAUAAGUAAAUAUCAUUUUUGACGUAAAAGUGAAUAGUGUGAGUGGUUAGCAGCAAGUUGCAAGUUGUUGAGCGGCGUGACGCGCCUUUAAUAAAUAUAAAGUUGUAGGAAUGGGAAGAAUAAAAAGGAAUGUUUCUAUCCUUGUGAUAAUAUCUUUUUUAAUUGAAACAAAUGGCUUUUAUGUACCGGGUGUUGCACCAGUUGAAUUUAAGAAAGGGCAGAAAAUUGAUGUUAAAGCAGUUAAAAUGACAAGUACUCAUACACAAUUACCAUAUGAAUAUUAUUCUCUUAAGUUUUGUAGACCAAAGAAUGGAACAUUUAUUUAUAAAUCAGAAAAUUUGGGAGAAGUAUUACGUGGUGAUAGGAUUGUAAAUACACCAUAUGAAGUUAUGAUGAAACAAGAUAUAAGCUGUAGACUUUUAUGUCAUGGACCAAAUAAUCCAAUGACCUGGAAUGAAGAAGAAUCUCGAUGUGCAAUAGAACGUAUUCAGCAUGAUUAUUCCGUUCAUUUAUUAAUAGAUAAUUUGCCAGCUGCUACGAAGAAAUUUCAUAAAGGAACUAACAGUGAAGUAGUUUAUCAUGGAUAUAGAUUAGGAGGUGUUAUAGGUGAUCAAGUUUAUAUUAAUAAUCAUUUGAUAUUGAAAUUAGGAUAUCACGAACACGGAGAAAAUCAAUUUAGAGUAGUAGAAUUUGAAGUGGAAGCUCGAUCAGUUGAUAUAAAUCAAUUGAAAUAUGAAGGAAAUACAUGUAUAUUACCUUCUCAAACAAGCCCGCAAUUUGUUAAUCCUAAAAGUACUAGAUUGUUAUUCUUAUAUUCCGUGGAAUGGAAAAAAUCAGAUGUGAGUUGGGCAAGCAGAUGGGACACAUAUCUAGGAAUGAAUGACGUUGAAAUUCAUUGGUUCUCUAUUAUAAAUUCACUCAUUGUAGUUUUUUUUCUAUAUGGUAUUCUUACAACGAUCAUGGUAAGGACUCUUAGAAGAGAUAUAGCUCGUUAUAAUGCAGGUGACAGUGAUAGUCUAGCUGGUUUAGAUGAAACCAUUGAAGAGACUGGUUGGAAAUUAGUUCACGGAGAUGUUUUCAGACCACCUCCCAAUUCACGUUUGUUUGCUGCAGUAAUAGGCAAUGGCAUUCAAAUAUUUUUUAUGGCACUAAUUACAAUAUUUUUUGCCAUGCUUGGAAUGCUUUCACCAGCAAGUAGAGGAGCAUUAGGAACUUGUGCUAUAUUUUUAUUUGUAUUUUCUGGAUCAAUCGCUGGAUAUUUUUCCGCACGCCUCUAUAAAACUAUGCGAGGACGAGAAUGGAGAAGAGCUGCACUAUUGACAGCAACACUUUAUCCUGGUAUAGUGUUUACUACAUGCUUUUUCCUAAAUUUCUUCAUAUGGGGAAAACACAGUUCAGGAGCAGUUCCAUUUACUACUAUGUUAGCAUUGCUUUGUCUGUGGUUUGGAAUCUCACUUCCUUUAGUAUAUCUUGGAUAUUUCUUUGGUUAUCGUAAACAUCCAUUUACACAUCCUGUGAGAACAAAUCAAAUUCCUAGGCAAAUUCCAGAUCAGUUAUGGUAUAUGAAUCCAAUAUUCUGUACAUUAAUGGCUGGUAUACUACCAUUUGGUGCUGUGUACAUAGAAUUAUUCUUCAUUUUGACUGCAUUAUGGGAAAAUCAAUUUUACUAUCUUUUUGGAUUUUUAUUUUUAGUAUUUUGUAUUCUUGUCAUUUCAUGUUCUCAAAUAUCUAUAGUUAUGGUGUAUUUGCAGUUAUGCGCAGAAGAUUAUAGAUGGUGGUGGAGAAGUUUUAUAGUUAAUGGUGGAUCAGCUGUAUAUAUGUUAGCAUAUUCGAUUUUUUACUUUAUGACCAAAUUAGAAAUAACAGAAUUGGUUCCAACGUUGAUGUAUUUUGCAUAUACGGCUUUAAUGGUGCUUACAUUUUGGUUGUUAACUGGUACAAUUGGCUUCUUCGCUGCAUAUGCUUUCAUUCGAAAAAUAUAUGCAGCAGUUAAAUAGAUUAGUCAUAAUUGUCAUAAAUGAACUAAGUGAGUGCUGUGCGAAUGUAACUUUAUCUAUUUGUUCAUGAACUAUCAUAUUUAACAAAAUAUUUGAUAUAUUAAAAAGCUUACCAACAAGAAAGAUGGGUUAUCGAUAUUUCUCCAACUAAAGGAGGGGAUAGUAAAUUCCAAAAUAUCAUCUCUGUGUAUUCUUCUGCAACCAUAGUGAGUGUGACCAUCAACAACCAGUCUUGGGUUUAAAAUAUCUAAAAGCUUUAAAUUCAUCUAUUUUAUAUACUUAAAAAUAAAACGGAUAAUAUUUAGAAUACUUUA